UUUCGAGACAUGCCUUCCCGCGGAGCCGAAGCCGAAGCCGAAGCCGUAGCCGCAGCCCGUACAGCCGUCGUCGGUCUUCCUCGCGCGAACGGCGUCGCUCUCGCUCCAACCCGCGUGCUUCCCGCAGGCAUCGGGACAGCCCCCGUCAGGACCGCCACAGAGAAGAUUCUUCGCCGUCGGACCGGCGUGCCCGGCAUCGGCACGAGGCGGAACAUGCACGAAACGGCAAGCCUGCGUACGGGGAGCCGACGGAUCGAUUUCCCCGCCGCCCAGUGGCUCUGCCGUCACCCUCGAAAAUGCCCACUGCCUAUAUCCUGCUUCAAGGACUUACUCCGCACACCACGGAAGCCAUGGUAA